AUGAAGUUCUUCAGUCUUGCAAUUGCCUUUCUCCCCCUCCUGGUCGCCGCUGCCCCCGUCGCGGACCCCGAAGCAGAUGGAGAGCUGGACCUUGAGAAGCGCGCAUCAGCGCAGACCUGCAAGAUCGUCAAUGUCGAUCACUAUGUCAACUGCCGGUACGACGCGAAGCUAGACGCGGGCGCGAUCUUUGGGUUUCCCAAGGGAGAGAAACUCACCUUUGCGUGCUGGAAGCAUGGCGAUUGCUUCAAUGGGGUUUGCUCCUGGGAUCAAAUUACGUAUCUGAAGACGACGUGCUACGUUAAUGGGUACUUUACCGACAGCAAUUGCUCGAGCAAAAAGCUCCCGAAAUGCGACUAG